GAAGAUCUCCAAUGAGACCCAGAGCUCCGGUUUUCCUAACAGCAUCCCCUGCAGCAGGGCUGAGGCAUGGGCGGAGUCUGAUCGAACUAAAAUAAAUACCGACUUGUAGCACCUCGUGGGUGCGCGCAGCCUCCAAUAGCUAGGACAGCCUGUUCACCAAAACAUCUGGCAAGAUGAUCAAAUCCUUCAAGCAAACGUUUCUGUCUCUGGAUCUGCAGUCCCCUAGGUGGAGCUCAAUAGAGACCAUGGCAAAGGACUCCGAACUGCGCCAGUAUGAGACAGCCAAGUGGGUCAGCACAGUCAUUAAGGGAGAGACCCAGAAGGAAGCAAUGCGCCAGGGCUUCUGGAAACUCUUCCACUACAUCCAGGGGAAGAAUGAGAAAGAAAUCAAGAUUGAUAUGACUGUGCCAGUGACAUGUCUGGUAAAGUCUGGCUGUGCAGACUUCAAGAUCUCCUUCUUUGUGCCAUUUGAACAUCAGGACUCCCCACCACAGCCCACUGACUCCGAUGUGUUUGUCGAGGAGCGGAAGGCAGCUGCCAUCUUUGUCAGGUCCUUCAGUGGAUUUGCCUCACCAGAUAAAUACGCUGAAGAAGCUGAAGCCUUGGCUAAACUCUUAAGAAACAGAGGCCAACCAUUCCAUGAAGAUUUCUUUUACACAGCAGGCUAUGACAGUCCCUUCAAGCUCUUUAACAGGCACAAUGAAGUGUGGUAUUUUAGGAAAUAAUCCAGAGUCAGAGAAUACUAGGAGGCUACUAAUCAACUCUGAAGGGAAACAGACCCUAUUAAUGGCUUUUGUUUUACUGCAGAAGAUAUUUGUAUGCAAACACAGGAACAUCUCUAACUGAUUUUAUCUAUGAUGAAGUUACUCUGGCUAAAAACUCAAGUAGUUCACACCAGCUGGAGUGGGAGGGAGAUAGAACUCAAUCUUGUUCCUCUUAAUCAAGAAUUCUGGGAAGCAUCAGAAAAUAUUCCUGUAAGAGUUAUCUAGUUUUUCUUCUUGUUCAAAGUGCUGUACCAAUACAAUAGCUCAAGUGUUAAGAGCAGCAAGUUUCCUUUUUCAUCACAAAAAGAUGGGGGAAGAACAUUAGUUUUUCCAGAAAAUAAUGGCAUUAAUGAGUUCUGAUAACAGAUAUGCCUUAACAGGCUCUAGUACCAUACAAACAUUUCUACCUUUAAAACAGGAUUGGAUUAUCCAAGUCCCCCACCUCUGCUAGCAUUUUUCUUCCUCACAGAGGAUGGACAGUCAUACCCCAUCCCAAUGCCACUGACCAGACCAGACUUCAUCGAGCAGAAAAGAGUUAAUAGAAUCCAAGCCCUGUGGUGGUUCUGUGAAAAGUCUGUUCUGCUGUUUUUCUUUUCAACUUCACCCAAACCUAGGUAUUGCUCAGGUCAACUCCAGUCUGCCUUAACACUCCUAUUAGCUACACUCUACAGCAGAGAGCGCUUGCAGGACUAGCAUUUCUUUUAACUAGUUGGCUCCCUGCACUAAACCAAGUAUUGUAGCUUUUAUCAAACACCCUAGAGCUACUUCAUAGCAAGCAAUCAAAUCACAAAGCAGUUCACAACAGCAGGUAGAGUUUACAAGAUUUUAUUGGCUCCAAUCAGUGUAUGAGGCAAAUGUUAACAUCACAAAGUCUUGUUUUAAUGCCGCUCAUGUAAGUGCAACCCAUUAUCCCGGGAUCUUCCACCUAUUAAAUAAGGCAUAAGAACUGUUACAAGGCACCAAACCAGUACAACAAGCUUACUGGAACAACUCAGACCUUAGGUUUUCAUCUCUGUUCAGUGAGAGAGUUCAAGCUAAGGUUUUAAUCAUCAUCAUCUGUUCCAGCAACUAGGUUUUAUUAAUAGCUACACUCACCUGUUUGCUCAUACAGUUCCAAAGUUGCAUCCUCACCUAAAGCAGGAAAACACACUUAGCAUGCAGUGACACACCUGCCAAGAGAUGCCCUCAGCAGCUGUGUAACCUCAGAAAGAAUGGAACGGAAAUGGUGAUAUCACAGAAAUUCAUCUGGCAGAAUCAAGUUUCAUCAGUGGUUACCAACACUCCCAGAAGAGAGAAUUAAUCUGUGUUAUCUUACGCAGUGAGGAGGCAGAGCAGUCCUUUCCUGAGGAAGAGAGAAAUUGUUUCAGAGUAAGAUAUCACUAUAUGUGUGUUUAUAAAAUAUCAAACUAAUUUUAACCUGUUCAAAGGCUGUAUUUCAGCUGUCAACUGGCAACUUCAAUUUGUAACACCUAAUGUAAUAUUAAAAAGCUUAUAAUCCUAAAUGAACUGGAAAUACAGAAUCACUAACACCAGAGGAAUCAGAAAAAGUUGGCUAUACUUGCUUAAUGGUACUUUAACUGAGAGUCAUUUUGUUGGAAUGAGCUGAUACCUACAAUAUAAGCCCCAUAAAACCACUGGAACAAAGUGCUACAGCAACCUACAUCUUCAGCUCAAUCCUAAAUUUGUGUACCUCCAACAUAAGCAAGAUUACUAUUAUUCUACUAUGAAGUUUUUGCCAGCUAAAGAGUAUUUUUAUUCCAAGUGUGCAGCAGUGUUAGUGUCAGUUCACAGAACAGCCAUACAGGUAGGCAGGUGUCGAGCCAGGAGUUGUAUGCCUGCUGCUGUGCAUUCUGCUGUAUUAAAUUGUCAACAUAUUGGCUUAAGUAGUCCCCACUGAUUCAGCUUUUAUGAUUUUUACUGUGUGAAGACAUCAAGCAAUAAAAAAAUGUUUUU